UCCUCGUGCGGAGGGCGUGGCCAAGAGUGGUCUCAGGUGUUGCGCGGCCUCUGGCCUUCCAGAGAUGAAGGUGAGGUUGCCAUCGGUGUUUAUUGUAUGAAAGCAGACUACUGGAAGCACCUGAAAUAAUGAGGUUGGACAACUUACUGUGAUAUGCAUCCUUCACAGAAAUGCUCCUGAGGGAUAUUUAAAGAUACAUGUGAGACUUCAGAAGGCAGCGUCCCAAUAGCAUCUUCAUAGCCCAUCCACAAAAUGUUCGGCCACAAAGACAUUUGGGCUGAGGCUAAAGCAAUGCCCCCUGGAACUUCUGAACCAAGAAAAGAGAGCAGUGAAGUACAAGGCCGUGACUUUGUUCCUUUUGGUUACAGCACCACACCCGAGUUUGUAAACAAGGCACCUGAAUACCAUGCAUACAAAUACUAUGACGACAGCAUGGAUUAUAGGACCCUUAUGUCUGAGCCUGUGGCCAAGUUACCUGAAUCAAGUAUGCAUUACUCCUAUACGGACCAGGAAACAGAGCACCACAGAAUAGAAGAGAGCAGCAUAUUGACUUCAGUGGAACCACCAGACAUUGCAAGUGAGGAAAAGAGUGAAACCAGAAGCUCAGGCUCUGUUUCCAGGAGCUUAUUGGUGGUAUCAGAAUUCCCAUUUGAACAACAGCAACUAGUCAGCCUCUUAAAUCUCAUCCCAGGAAUGGAGUAUUGUGAAAUGUCCCACGGUCUUUACAGUAACCGAGUAUAUGCGGUGGUUCAGUACAAUAAUGCUGCAUCAGCUAUCUAUGCCAAACAUAAACUCCAUGGUUUUGAAUACCCUUUUGGAAACUGGCUGAUUGUCACAUUCAUUGAAGAAGGAACAGUUCAAAAAAACCUUAUCAGAUCAGCAGUGAAACGGAAGCCUUCCACGAGUUCUUACAGUCGUCUCCAAACAGAUGCUGAGCUUCCUCCAAGCAAAAAGAAAGCUCCCUGUGACUCUCCUGUGCAGGAAAGGCUUUACAUCACAUUUAAUCCUCACCCUUUACCUGAAGACAUCUUGGAGGAUAUAUUAAGCCGGUUUGGACAUUUUAUAAAGAUUCACUUUAUCCCUGGGGAAAACACAGCUUUCGCAAUGUUUGCAGAGGGAUCAAGCGUUAUUGAUGCCAUAGCAGUGUUACAUGGCAAGACAGUGAAUGGUGUGAAAUUGGAAAUGAAACUUUUAGUUUCGCCUAAAGAGGACUCCAGUAAACGCCAAGGGACUUUUGGACCAAGUGAGUCAUUUUAAAACAGCACAAGGAAACCAGCAUGUGGCGGAAUAGCUUGGUAACCAUGAGACUAAACAGAAGUCAGUGAAUGCCACAGGAGACCAUUCUUUCAGGUUCCAUCUCUGCUUCCUUCAGAGAAUUGCCUGGCCCUAUUGACUAGAAAAGGACAGAACUAGGACCUCACUCCAGGGAGAGCAGUUGCCAGCAGCAUCUGCAGAAGAGAGAUUUUUCCCAUGUGUAUGAUUGAGACUGACCAGAGGAGCAUGUCAUGAGGUGGGAAUUGCUGGGGAGAGGUCAAAGUGUACUUCCUUCAAGCAAGGCUUCUCCUGUGGCUGGCAUGGAAAGAACGAUGCUGUGACCCAACUCCAGGAAGGACAGCCAAGAGUUGUGUCAUACUAAGAGGUAAUGCCACCAACCUCUCCUGUUUUGAAACAUCAGAAAUGGCCAGAUGUGGCAACAUGGCACGCAGCAAAAUAUAUCUGCUAAAGCAGGCCCAGUGUUUGUGGACAAAUCUACCACAAUGAAAUCUGAUUGCUUAGGGGUUUUCCCCCUUGAAAUUGCAUUAAGCUAUUUCAAGGAAUAGUUCCAUUUGCAGUGUUAACACAUGAAGCUGUUUUCUCUGUUUCUGAAGAGGAAAAAAAGAUUAAAAAAAUAAUUGCCGGACUACAUUGUGUGUUGGGUUAUAUUCUGGAAUAAUACCACUGCAGUUUUGAAGGCCGGAUUUAUUAAGUACUGUAAUUAGAAAUGUGAAUAAAAUGAAUGCUUUCUGGUA